CCCCCCCCUCCUCCCGCAGAGUGCAAGGCGUUCCUCGGGGAACUCGAGCGGCAAGCGGUCUUAAAGGGAAGCCUCGCAUCGCAGCUCGCCGGCCUCCAGCGCCUUCUCCGGCCGCUCCUCGGGGGCGGCUCGACGCCGGCGAGCGACCUGUCCGUCAGCUGUGGGAGCCUCACACGCAAACGACCCGCAGUCUCGGAGACGACGCCCCACAAGAAACCGGACCGGCUGUGCACCCCCUCCUACGCCGACGCCCUGAACCAGUCCUGCGAGAACGGCCCGCUCUACGUCCUGCGGGAAUGCGGGAUGCUGAGCUUCCGACCCCGCAAGAAGCGCUACAGCGCAGUCCUCUACAGCCGGAGGUGGCUGCUGCUCUUCAAGGACGCCCGGGCCAAGAAGCCCAAGGUGGCCAUCUUCCUCGAGCAGGCCCUCCUCAUCCCGGGGGAAUCCCUGCAGCAGAAAGUGAGCGAGAAGAAGAAGCACCGAGUCUUUCUGCUCUCAGAGCGACUCGACAAUCAGGAAUUUCAGACUUACAUGUUAUUGGCCCCGAGCCUGAGCGAGAGAAACCAGUGGGAACGGAAACUGAGAUCCAUCUGCCUCUCGCCUGAUGAUUCUCCUUCGGAGGCCGAAAACAUUUAUGAGCAAUUUGGUGAGGAAACCCUUCGGAACUUCAUGGCCAGCUAUCCGGACGACCCCGAACAGGAAGCUUUCUACAUGGAAGUCGAAGAAACGGGCGGAAGAUGCACUCCAGAGAUCAAACCUUUUCAAUUUAGCCCUCCGAAGAGAAACGAGAUCGACAGCGAAGGGCAACAGAGUCUCGACGGUGUCGGCACACCGACUCUCCGCAAAACCGACGACGCAAGAACGACUUUGAGGGUUCCGAAUUCGAACCCGACCUUCAUUUCCCUCCUGAAGGAGAUCGAAUCCAGCUUCAAGGACCGCGACCGCCUCCCUCAGCCCGAGGAGGAAUGCGAAGAGGAAGAGUACGACACAGUCCCCAUGCCCAGACCCGUGGAAUCACCCGUGCCGGCAAUCCCACGCAAAAGCAGCAAAGCGAGUCUCCCCUCAAACUCGAGUCCCAACCAACCAUCCAUCCCAACGAACCACCCGACAAGCAGUCCGAUCACCGACACAAUGGAGACCCAUCCCUCGCACCCCGAAGAGAAGGCCCCCUUCACGAAAAGCGAAGCGACCCCCAUGAACCCCUCUCCAUCCACCCGCCACCCCACCGCAGACGCCGAAAGCCACACACCCCAUCAGCACCCAGCGACCUCCACACCGGUCCACCACUCAAACACCCAAUCCCGCGAUCCCCCAAGGAACACCCCAGCAGCUGCAUCUCUCUACCGCCUGCAUCCGAACCUCCCCGCCCUCCCUCCCACCGAGACAGCUCCAUCCAAGACAACGAUCUCCCCUCCAUCCAACCCCUCCACCCCCCACCCCAAAGACCUCCCUCCCCCCGAAAGACCCACCAAAACCACCCGAACAACCCCAUCCUCCCACCCCGAAGAAAAGCCACGCGCCCCCGAGAGACGAGAGUCCCUCUUAUCCUCCCCGCUGCCCCGACUGUCCCAGCACUCACAGCCGGAAACCACGAAACCUCCAGUCGAGAUGCAGCCGCCCGACCUUCCCUCCAAAGUCAAAGAACCAGCAAGAGAGGAAACGAGAAAGGGAAGCGUUCGGUGGCACAGCUGCAUGUCCGUAUCCCACGCCUGCGCCUUGUCCAAUUCCUCCCAGCACGGACUCCUCCAGAUCCUGCAGGUGCUGCCGAGCCCACGGGAGGAUAGCUACGAGGCAGUGCUCUACGGCAACAGGUGGCUCUUGCUGUUCGGGCGCGCCGGGGCCGCGAAGCCGGAGAUCGCCGUCUUCCUGCCCAACGCCCUCCUUCUGUCGGGCGUGUCCCUGCAGCAAGUGAACGAGGAGAGGAAGCACCGCAUCUUUCUGCUCUCCGAACAGCUCGGCAGUCUUGGAUUCAACACUUACACGUUUUUAGCCCCCACACUAGAAGAGAGGGAGCGAUGGGAAGAGAAGCUGGCGGCUUCGUGUCCUGCUGUACCUGGAGACACAGAGAAUACUCAGAUAGCGCCGAGUCCAGGAACCCUGCGAGCCACCGAUACUACCCGCGGCAACGAAAAAGAAACUCUCUCCUUGAAAGCCGAAGAAACGAACGAAAGCAAUCUUUCGACGACAGAAGUCACAUACGACGACCCUUACGAAUACGACCUCAGCGACCUUUCACCCAAGACGGAGCGGAAAAUUGUACACGGCCAAGAGCAUCAGAUUAGCGGUGACCAUGACCCUUUGAACAAAACUGCAGGCACGAUGGGAUCGGCCUCUCGAGAUUUGCUUUCGAGCAAAAGCGGUAAUACUGCUGCGGACGAGGAUUCAGAUUCUGACUACACGGAACCAGUGGAUGAUCGGGGGAGUAUGGAGUCCAACUACGACGACGUCCCCUGUCCCCGACCCAUUCGAUCAUCCAAACCCCCAGUCCCACCAAAAGCCGCCAAACCAAAUCUCUCUAGUGCUAGUUUCCAGCACCCACCAAGCCUGAAGAAGGCUCAACGGACGAACCGUUUGAGCGCCAACGCAACAGAUAACCCGCUCCGAAGUGAUCCCCAUCAACCCCUCUCCAUCCACCCGCCACCCCACCGCAGACGUCGAAAGACACACACUCCAUCCCCCAGCGACCGAGUUCCAUCAGCACCCAGCGACCUCCACACCAGUCAACGCAAACACCCAACCCUGCGAUCCUCCAAGGAACACCCAAGCUGCUGCAUCACCCCACCGCCCCCAGUUGAAACCCUCCACCCCCUCCCAUUCCCUCAACGAAAACGCUUCCAACCACGACUCCCGCUCCAGCAAGAGAAGCUCAACCUCGUCUUCAAACACGCUCGGCCACCCCAGAACUUCCCCCACGCCAUCCAACCAGCCCGCUGCAUCUCCCAGUACGCCCUGCAAUUCGAGCCUGGAGAAAUCCUCAUCCGUUUCGACUCUUUCCGGUCCGGACCAAAACGUUCCUCUUCGUUCAGAGCGUCAAACCGAACCAAGGAAGUUUUCGACCAAGGAGAGAAACCCGCCAGUCCCUUUCGGCCACUCGCCAUUUCAACACCUAAU